CGGGACUGCGCAUUCGUCACAACGCCGCUCGGAAGUGGAGGAGUAGGUCGCUUAAAAACUUUCCAAAAGCUUCAGGGCUUCUGUUCUUGCACUCCUCUCAAACGUAGAUGCAGAAGAAUAUAAUUAAAUUAUUUCGGAAGCAGAGACCUUGGAGUUUAGUUGCAUUGAGUGCUACAGAUAAACCAAAGAAGAGCUUGUGGGUUGUCACGAGCUGUUUGGAUGAGAAUUUGCAUUGACUCACGCGACAAAGUGGCUAGGAAUUGUUAGCCAAAGGGGAGUCAACAAGUCACAACUUAACGUUACAAAUUACGUUGCCCGAGAAGAUAUCUAAUCGGUGAAACUCGGUGCUGUCUGGACAGCAAUUUGAAGAAAUGGCGACGAGAGAAGACGAAUAUGACUACCUCUUUAAAGUGGUGCUGAUUGGGGAUUCCGGUGUGGGCAAGAGCAACCUUCUGUCCCGCUUUACCCGAAACGAGUUCAACCUGGAGAGCAAGAGCACGAUCGGGGUGGAGUUCGCCACACGCAGCAUCCAGGUGGAGGGAAAGACCAUCAAGGCGCAGAUCUGGGACACAGCUGGCCAGGAGCGCUACAGGGCCAUCACAUCCGCUUACUACCGGGGUGCCGUUGGUGCUCUCCUGGUGUACGACAUCGCCAAGCACCUGACGUACGAAAACGCCGAGCGCUGGUUGAAGGAGCUGCAGGACCACGCCGACAGCAACAUCGUCAUCAUGCUGGUGGGCAACAAGAGCGACCUGCGUCACCUGAGAGCGGUGCCCACGGACGAGGCCAAGGCCUUCGCUGAAAAGCAUGGAUUGUCCUUCCUGGAGACAUCUGCUUUGGACUCGUCUAAUGUCGAAUUGGCUUUCCAGACUAUCCUUACAGCCAUCUACCACAUAGUGUCCCAGCGGCAGAUGUCUGGGCGCAGUGAUGCCGAUUUCUCUCCAAACUCCAAUGUUGUGCCGAUCACUGUGCAACCCACCCAGAGCUCAGCAAAGCAGGGCGCCUGCUGCCAGAACAACUGAAGGUUCUGCACACGCUAAGGAUCCUGGGUAACAGAAAAAAAAACAUGAGGGAAAAGGCAAAAAAACGCAACAAAAAAACAUAACACAAAACAAAGCAAAAUCUAAAACAGACAGUCAGAAUGCUAGACUGCAGCACAGAGACCCCCUGCCCCAAACACACUCACACACACACACACACACACACACACACACAUAGACACACACACACACACACACACACACACACACACACACACACACACACACACACAUGUCUGCAUGAGUGCUGUGCGCUGUACUCCCCUUACUCUAUCUAUGCAUUCUUGUUAACUCACAAUUGCAAUAAGCUUCACAGCUAUGGCCCCAGAAUCUGCAAAUGCAAUAAGCUGUGGACAAAAAAAAAAUGAAGCACCACCAGGAACGAGUUGGGUGAAUGUAGAAUUAAAUGAAUUUGGUUAGCAUACUGAUUAGUCUGUUCCUGAAACACCAUACCUCUUAUCUUUCACACUAAUACGAUUGUAUGGGCGGGUCACAAUGAGCCAUGGUUUGGGGCAGAGUACAGUCUUUCCGCUAACUGUGAUCACUGUCUCUCUCUCAUCCAUCUGGACGUGUACGUGAAAUUUGGGCCCAUGCACAUAUUUGCACAUCUGAUGUUGCAGCCGAGAUAGAAGUAUGAGAUAAACGUUCAGCGAGGGCACGGUGCAAGAGCAGAUAGCAGUUUAUACUGGAUGUCAUCCCAGUUAGGCUCAAUGUCUGAAUUACCAUAAAGGGAAAUUGUGCUUAUGGAGUCAAUCACAGUUCAUUUUUUUUUAAACAAACCCAUUUGACCGCAUUGUGCACAUGGCAAAGAUUACCUUAUGUUCUACCUUCCAGCAAAGUUCUGGCUUAACUGCUUUUUUGACAUCCCCUACUGUAUUUAUUUAAUGUUAAUAUGAACGUUUUUUGGUUUGUAUUGUUUGACCUGAGGAUUUUGUUUUAUUUUUUUCGUCUCGCAGAGAAUCAUCUCAAAGCUACACUGGGUUUUUUUAUUUAAUAAUAUUUCUGGGAUAUGAAGGGUGUCUUUUAUUUCUUUUUUCUCUUUGUGACUACAGAUUCACAUGAAAUUCACAAGAAAUUCUUUAAGGAUGAAAUCAUUGUACGCGAUUCAUUUCAGCUUCGAGUAAAUGCACACUUGAUUGAGGGGAAUGCCAUGAAAGACCUGUCAAGUAUAGCAGAUCAAUUUCUUUUAAUGAAAGGAUGUGUCAAAAGAAAUCACGAGCACAUGUUAUGAAAUAAUUUUUUGUACUUGCUUUACUGGAAGCUUCUUUUACCUCUGACAAUGUUGGAUUCACUGUAUGUGUUUUUUCUUUUUUACGUAGUAUUUUAUUUCCUCCUCACACUUAACACAUCCAUGCAUUGCACAUUUUGUACUGUUAGUUUUAAGUCAUUAAACGGGUGCACCAGGGGCUUGUGGCCUCCGGACACUGUUUUGAAGGUGCAUCUCCGGUUUCUAAAAGCCACAUCUCUAUUGGACGGAAAGGUUUCAAGGGUCUGACUCGGAGCAAAUUGGCAUGCAGCGCUCCCUCUGUUUUCCCUCUAGGCUGCUUCCUCAUCAUCUGUGUGCAUGUAUUAGGUUGCAAGGAGCAGGGAGGCCCAGCUCCUUGCUUCAGGCCUGUCCUAUGCAUGUCUGAUGGGCUUCGUUAUACGCUCGUCUCACUGUAAAUGAAAUCCCUGUCUUCUGCGCGUAACCUAAAGAGAGCUGGGUCUUAUGGGAGAUCCCAUGGAUUAUGGCCCUGCUCUCCCUCCUGCUUGGAUGUUGGAGUGCUGGCUAAAGCAGGGUGGUACGGGGGAAAGGGGGCAGACCAAAGGGUGGCAGUAGCAGCAGCAGCAGCAGCAGCAGCAGCGGCGGUAGUGGUGGUGGGGGAUUGGCUCAACCAAGACCCCUUCUGUCAUGGAGGUAGGGGGCCGUGUUUCAAAGUCGAGGUCACUGCAGUGAAGGUCAAUAUUAACUUGGUGCCUGCUGCGAUGCUCCGGCGCAGACAGACACACUGUCAGUUCAAUUGUAUUUCCCUCUAACAUGUCAAACAACCAGAGCCUAAUGCUAUCAAUGGUAAUGCAACCAAAAACAACUCUCCUAUGCAGUAGAUACAUAAGCAUUGUUAAUUGGAUAAAUCCUGAUGAUGUGAUUGCAGUAGAAUCCAGUGCGUUUUCUCAUAACUUUGGCUUGGCAACACUAGUGGCAUUGCUCAGCAGGUAUGGGUUGGUAGUGGGUAGACAUUUUUAAUGGUAAAUAACUUUAUGUAUAUUUGGAAUAAAUAUGUAUGAAUAAAAUGAAUUUGCUAUUA